CAAAACCUGUACCCAGACAGACAUGUCACUUUACAAGUCACUUCAUGAUGUGAGGUAGCUCUUCAUUCUCCAGGGAGAAUAUUUACUAAACACCAGACAUUUGCUUAUAUUUCUACAAACUUCAGAAAUGAUCAGAAUCAACAACACCCAAUACUUCAACUUCCUGCAACAGGCAGAUGCUUUACGUCGCACGGGGUCACUCUGUGAUGCCAUAAUCUCAGUGAAGAGUCAAACUUUCAGGGCUCAUCGUCUAGUACUGGCUUGUGCUAGCAGAAGACUAGCACAGCAGUUAGCUCUAGGAGAUGUAGAUAGCCCAGUCCACUGCACGCUUGAGUAUUUCUCACCCCACACCUUCCAGCAAGUUCUAGACUUCACCUACACACAAACUAUGGAAGUGUCUGUGGAUGACCUCCACCUGCUAUUAAGAGCUGCUCAGCUGUUGGAGAUGGAGCCACUGGAGGACCAGUGCCGGAAGCAGCUGGACAAUCUCCAUUACAGAGCUAGAGAGGAGAACAAAAGUAAAGAAAUCAAACAUGUCAAGGAAGAAAAAGAAAGUGCGGAGCAGAAAUAUCAGAAGCAAAAAGGAAGUCCAAUUCAAGAGGAAAAAGAUAGAGAAACGUCUCCCCUAGUGGACAAGACAUGCAACAUCACUGUCAUGGAAAACAUUUCGCCCUCUGACCCUAGUAAGAACCACAACAGGCCACCAUCCCCAAGAAAGAAGUCCAGGCUGUCCCCUGCGUCAGCAACACCCUACAACAGAGACAGUGUUAUUACCAGGCCUCCCAGCAGCAGUUCCUCUUUCUCUUCCCCUUGGACAUUCCCUACAAACAUGUGGAACUCUGUGACCCUCAGGCGGAUAGCAGAGAACUAUUCAAACUUAGUUGCAACUCACCCCCUUCAGACCCCAAACCAGUCCUCUGUAGCAUACCCAUUCUCCUUCACCACUCCCCACAUGUUCCCCCUACUUGGAUCCCAUUUUCAAAGCUCUGUAAUGGGCUACUCAGGCUUUCAUCCGCGUUAUACACAAGGCCUUUAUGCUGGAUCCACAGGCAUGGGGAGUAUAAUCAAACAGGGCCUGCUAAAGAGAAAAAAACCCAGCCCAAGAGCAUUUACUGGGACCAUUCAAACCGGUGAGCCGAGUUACCAUGACGUACCCAAAGCCAGCACAGAAAGAGUUAAAGGCUGCCAACACUGCAGUACAAGCCCUGUUGGUGAUCCAGCAUUACAGCCGGCCUCCACACCAUCAGGUGAAGCCUGUGAAGGGUGUCAAUUCUGUGGAAGAGGAGAUGUUACACAGAAUGAACCACAAUCCCAUCGACAAGAACACAGAGGGGAAAAACCCUAUCAGUGCCAACACUGUCCCAAGAAAUUUAGUCUAAAACAUCAACUGGACACACACCAUAGAGUUCACACCGGAGAGAAACCUUUCGAGUGUCGUCUCUGUGGUCAACGCUCACGGGACUACUCAGCUAUGAUCAAGCACCUGCGGACUCACGGCGGGGCUGCUCCAUACCAGUGCACGGUGUGCCUGGAGUACUGUAGCAGCUUGGUCGCCAUGCAGAGACACGUCAAGAACCAUGCAAUGCAGGACUUCCCACCUGACUGGAGCAUCAACAGCACCUACCUGUAUACCUCACACAUCUGAGCCAGCCCUCACAGCAUAGACACCUCUGUCUACAUAAAGUUCUCAUAGGUGUAGCUUAAGUUUGUGCCUCUGCUUUAUUAUCGAUACAUUUGAGUAAUAGUACCCAAACAGUUGCCACUGUUUUGAAGACAUAAUUACAUAUGAGAGGCAUAAACUGGGGUUAUAUGUUGCAAUAACUUCUAUACAAACUGCUCUGUAUUCACAUUCACACCAAUAGAACAGCACUAAUUUCUAUGUUAGAAAAUGUACUUCACAUUAGAUCAUGUACGUGCAUUAAAGCCACAUGAACAUCAUCAUCGAAUGACGCAGGCAUCUUCCCUCUUACUUUCAUAAUUAUUAGACUGUUUGUUUUAACUUUGUAAGUUUGACCCAGGUGUAUAGCGCCCUCAUGAGGGUAACCACUGUAUUUUUUUUUUUUGUAGUGCUACUUACAAAUGCAUCACCAUAUGAACAUAGGGAUAUUCUGUUUUUGUUUUUAUUAAAUGUUGGAACUAUUUAAUAAUACUUACUAUGAUACCCCUUCAAUUAAUAUCGAAAUGUAUCUAUUUAAUCAUUUACAAUACUCUUGUUCUCAUACUCAAUUCUGUUAUUUUUACACCCAGAGCAAAAACAGAAAGAAAUGUGUGGGAGAAAUUCCUCCAGUAAACACAACUUUAAAUAAGAGGCUGCAAAUCCCUGAUGGCAACUUUAAAACAUUUAAUCUGGACUGUAUUUAUGCAACACUGACAAUAAAGAAUGUCGUGGGUGGAAGGAAAUGUGUUUUUGCAGUGACCUAGGUUUAGUCCAUUGAUUUAUUUAAUUUUAUUUGUCCAUU